GCAAACAUUUCAAACACCCUCAUUUCUCUCAAGCCCUCCUCUGGCCUCCCUCCCCUAGCAAAGCCUCCAAGGUCACUUUAAUCUUAGCAAACUGCCCCAAGAUUUUUUUUUAAUACCUCUUGUCUUGUUUGAGCGCUAGAAAUGCAAGGAAAAACCAACUCUGAGCAGCUUCCUCCUGGUUUUAGGUUCCACCCUACCGAUGAGGAAUUGAUCAUGUACUACCUUCGUAACCAAGCCACAUCCAGGCCAUGCCCUGCAUCGAUUAUCCCAGAAGUUGAUAUUUACAAAUUUGAUCCUUGGCAAUUACCUGAAAAAGCGGAUUUUGGAGAAAACGAGUGGUACUUCUUCACCCCUCUCGACCGCAAGUACCCAAAUGGAGUGAGGCCUAACAGAGCAACUGUGUCAGGGUACUGGAAGGCCACGGGCACAGACAAGGCCAUCCAUAGUGGCUCUAAAUAUGUUGGUGUCAAGAAAGCUCUUGUUUUUUACAAGGGCAGGCCACCUAAGGGUACUAAGACCGAUUGGAUUAUGCAGGAGUAUCGCUUAAAUGAUUCGAAUAAGCCAGCCAGCAAGCACAAUGGAUCCAUGAGACUAGUCCUGUGCAGAAUUUACAGGAAGAGGCAUGCAAUAAGACAUUUGGAGGAGAAAACAGAAAAUCCAGUACAUGCCCAUUUGGACGUCACCCCAGAUAAUGAUGCUAGAGAGCAACAGAUGAUGAAAAUCUCAGGAACAUGUUCUCUUUCUCAUCUGUUGGAAAUGGAGUACCUGGGUUCAAUUUCGCAACUCUUGAGUGGAGACGCGUAUAAUUCAGAUUUUGAUUCCCAGAACCUCACGAGCGAUGCUUUGACUGACCAUGUUAUAAAAAUUCAGCUAGGUGAGAUGUCUCCCGAACACACUGAUAAUGGCAAUUUUCAAGGGAACCAGCGGGGCAGCACUUCUUUAAUUAACCAGCCCCUGGUUGUGAACCCAAUGAUGUACGGAUUCCAGUGAUUUGGAUGGUUUUGACCAUUGAAUGAACAAAAUCUGGGCUCGUCAUCGUAUUGAAGACAUCUCAGUGGUUAACAUCCAAUCAGAAAUGUACAUGUUGUUUGUCGGAGCACGUAUAUAUCCUGCGCGAUAUUUUUUAUUUGCAGUUUUAUUAAUGUGGUACCACCUUGGCAUCUAUUAAUAUAUAGUUUUAUUUA